CACGGAUGGCUGCUUCAGCAACCUGCGUUUGUUCAGCACAGGAUUUGCGAAGCUGCUUGCUCUGAGGGAAGAUGCUGUUCCAACUUUGUGUGGCCCUAUGGGUGAAGAUGUCGCUCGACAUGACUCCAGUGCCCCAUAUAGCCCCUUCCAGCACGUCGGAUGUCAGACCGACUCUCCUCAGCUUAUUUCGGCGGGAACCCAGACAAGUAACACCGUGGGAAUGCAUUCUGUGGGAGUACAAAGUGCGCCAUUGAAGACGACUUCAGUCGGCACACAGUUGUCCAUGGGAUCGCUGAAAACGGCACACAUGAGAAGCAAAGGUAUCCAGACAAAGCUGCCUCUUCUCAGUGUAGGCACUGGAAUAAUUUCUGGUAUAGACUCACCACUGGCGUCUACACCAAUAAAGGGCCCAGGCUGUCGACCUAGCAAGAGACCACGGCUUGAGUUGGAGGACGAGGAGGAGAGCGACUCCUCAAAUGAAUUUCAUAAGGAGCCUCUGGACUCGACUUACAACCCUGGAGAUUCUGUACUUACAGAGGAAUCUGACAUCUCGUUUGAGACACAGUCCACACAUGAUGAGGAAAAGUAUAUUGUUUUUGAAAGCUGCCUCAAACAGCUGUUUGAAAACUGUCCAGUGUGUAAGAAGGGCUGUAAUCUCCAACGACGAAGGAUGGGAACCUAUGUGGCUUUCACUCAGCGAUGUCCACACUGCAGUUACUUCAGAGAGUGGGAGAGUCAGCCCAUGGUUGGAAGUACCCCUGUCGGCAACCUACAACUUUCUGCGGCUACCUACUUUACAGGGACCUCCUUCAUCCAACUGGAAAAGCUGUGCAAGGCCAUGCAACUCCAGAUAUUUCAGUAUGACACCUUCAGAAGGCAUGCAAGGAAUUACAUGGAACCGGCUAUUGUUCAUAAGUGGAAGAUGGAUCAGCAGAGUCAUUUCCAGCAUCAAUUGCACCUUGGUGGGGUGGUUGCAGUAGGAGGAGACAUGAGGGCUGAUUCUCCAGGGCACUCCGCAAAGUUUGGCAGCUACACUCUAAUGAAUCUGGAGAGCAACACCAUUAUGGACAUCCAACUUGUUCAGAGCAAUGAAGUAGAUGGCAGCUAUCAUAUGGAGAAGGAAGGACUGAAAAGAUGCCUAGAUCAUCUGGAGUCGUAUGGAUUGAAGGUGGAUUACAUUGUGACAGACCGUCAUCCACAGAUCCAGAAAUUUCUGAGGGAACGCAGCGUAACUCAGUUCUAUGACGUUUGGCACUUUGAGAAAGGUUUGUCCAAGAAACUUGAGAAAGCUUCGCACAAUGAAGACUGUGAUGUUCUGAAGAAGUGGCUACAGAGCAUCAAAAACCAUGUCUACUGGUGUGCCACGUCAUCAAGCACUGGACCAGAAAAGGUGGCAAAAUGGACAUCACUGCUAAACCACCUACAAAAUGUUCAUGUUCAUGAAGACCCCCUUUUCCCCAAAUGUCUGCAUCCCGACCACGUCUCAAGGGACCCUAGCAAAUGGUUACAACCUGGAUCAGUUGCACUUCACAAAGCUGAGAAAAUACUGCUCAACAAGAGAGUCCUGAAGGAUGUAGAGAAACUCAGCCACCAUCACCAGACCUCAUCACUAGAGUCCUUCCACAGCCUGAUACUACGUUUUGCACCAAAGAAUGUAGUUUUCCCCUUCAUGGGAAUGUUGUGCAGGUUGUAUCUAGCAGCAAUGCACCACAAUGAAAAUGCUAUGCGGGAGCAAGCCACAACAUCUACAGGACAGGCUGUUUUCAAGGUUGUUUUUCCAAAGGCGAAGAGGGGGGAAGGCAUUGUGAAGCCCGUGAAAACUAAUCCAACCUUCAACUAUGUACGUGAACUCAUGAGGCUGCUCAUGCAGGAAGUUUUUGAGGACCCUACAUCUUUUGCAGAGGAAUUGAAGACCAUCCCCAUCCCUCCAGACCUCUCAGCAGAAUUCCCGAAAACUCCAAAGGCUGAGCUGGUUGCCCGUCACGUCUCCCGCUUCAAUCAAUAGGUGGUCUGAAGCCUAUGUAAUCACCAGACGGGAACUGCUGCCGUAUCCGCUGCACCACACAUGACGGGAUGAUGACCCGACGACUAGGUCCUAAGUAGCCCCAGCACCAGCUUACAAAGCUGCGAUAGGCAAGAUGCCUCAAACGCCUGAAGGGACAAGGCACAGUUCUCUGUUCAACUGUUUUCAAAUGAAGAGUUUGGUUCCAAAACGCUACAUCGACCAUUUUAAAGAACUUUGAUAAAUAAUAUUUUUUUUUUUACAAUUUGUUUUGCAAGUAAU